UCAAUGCUAUUGUGAGUUUUUCUUCAUAUUCAUAAUCAUCUGACAAUGAGGAGCCUAUUUGUUCUGCUGAGUUUUCUGAUCGGUGUUCAGAACUUUUAUAUCUUGAGAAAAGAUAAUUCCAAAAAUCAUCAAGAGAUCACAAGAAUUGCCAUUUUACGUGUAACUAAAGAAGUCCGCAAGAGCAUGGAUAGGCGAUUUCAAGAGCCAAAUAAACUGGAUGUAAAAUCACUGGCAAGGGCUUGCAAAAAACAGGAGCAUGAAAGUCAUUUUCAAAGAGGUAUAAGAGUUAUCCUCUAUUAUAACGUGAUGACAGACCUGACAUAUUCUGCUAGUCCACAUCAUCACUUUGACAACGAGAUGUUUAAGGAGGGAAAAGAGCUUAUAACCAAAGGAAUACAUACAACUAUAGACCAAAUGAACAGAAACCUAUUUGAUGAUGCAAGAAAGAAACUUGGGGAAAUCAUGCAUACUUUACAGGAUUUCUACAGCCACAGUAACUGGAUAGAGAUGGGAAACACUGAACCAUGUACUGCCCUGAUCAAUUCAGACGAGAACAUACCCAACCCUGCAGAUAAGAACACAAAAACAUGCGAGGACAAUCCCGAUGGAGUAGAUUUAAAAGUUAAGAAAGACAUUCUCGAGCGAAAGAUACUGACAUCAGGAUACACAAGAAAAUCCAACCCAAAAGGAAAAACUCUUAAUCACAUUAUUCAAAGCCUCCAAAUGCUCGUCUGUUAA